GGAAUGUAAGUGACGCUAAUUGAAGUCUUGUGCGCAUGCGUAAGCGCGGAAAAAGCGGAUGCUCGCUCUCGAUAUCGAUCUCCGGUUCGAUCCAAUGAUGAGCGCUUGCGUCUGCUCCGUGUUGGGGUAGCCAGUGUUGCGUGUGCAAGAGACAGAGGAAGCAGAGAUACCUUUGCCUCCAGAGUGACCGGCCUAUGCCUUGUACCGUCGAGCGUGCUACCCUACUCCUUCUGUGUACACUUUGCUAGUGUAUACAUCAAUGGAGCAACGUGAGAUUCAAUGCGAGGCCCUCAUCAACAAGUGUAAACAGGAGGCCAAGCAGCUGGCAGAGCUAGCAGCUACAAAGAACAAAGUCCAUUGGUCGCAAUCUUCCUUCGUCUCCUUCUGCAUAUCAGUGGAGGAGGUUCUGUCCUACGGUGUGAGAAAGAGAUAUGCCACCAGCAAGCAGCUGUCCUCGUCGGCCAAGAUUCUGGCCGAUCUCGGACGUAGAUUCCCCGUGGCUGCCGCGACUUUUGACAAGUGCUAUGGAGCAAAAUCACACUCCUCAUCGUCAGAGGACUAUGCCCACCUGGUCACCAGCUCCACCACAGAGAGGCGGAUCCUCUGGCUCAGGGUCGCCAUUAUCGAGAACUCCCUCGUCACCAUUGUCAACGAGAUCAUCAAGAAUGCAGACAAGUACUACACUGAGUACUCGGCCAUCUGUCAUCCUGUGUACGGAGAAGUAUUUGGCUACUUGCUUGAUGGUCCGUGUUCAAUCCGGGUCAGCCGGCUCAAGAUUGCCGACACGGCAAUAAGCAGCCCCACUCCUGCAGAGAUCGUCAAACGACACAACAAGUGAGCAACCGAUGGCACAAUGUGUACUGUUCGUAGAGCUGCUAAUAGUGUACUUAGAUCAUCCAC